AAACAAAGUGCAACCAGCUAAUAACCUAUGGAUUGGACAAAAAAUAAGUUUAUUUAGGUUUGCAUCUUCUUCUGUAUAGCUCGUGAUCGUUUGUGAGCCUAUUGACUAUUCUUUUACUACAUAUAUAUAUUUUCAAUUUUAAUUAUCUUUUUAGAAGUGUUGGGUUGGAAAGGAAGUGUUGACUAUUCUUUCCAAGUAGUACUACCACAAGUCUAUACUCUACUACUACGUUAAUCACUUCACUCCCACCCUUUUAAUUUCAUCUAUAUAUAUAUAUUAACAUUUGUUUUCCACAUUGAGAAAACACAAUAAUAGUAACACAAACAUGAGAAUUGCUUCAUCAUUACUCCUCAUUCUAUGUAUAGUAAUACUACUACUCAAUGGAGUGCGUAGUAGUGAUCCCACAUUUCCCCAAAGAAAAACAAUUGAAAUAAUAAUAGGAGGCGGCGGCGGCGGUGGCGGUGACGGUGGCGGUUAUGCUCCCGCUCCCGCUCCCGACACCGAAGACUGUCCCCCUCCUCCUCCACCACCUCUUUGUGAACCACCGGAGUCGCCUCCUCCGCCGCCUCCGCCGCCUCCGCCGCCUCCGCCACCGCCUCCGCCCCCUCCUCCGUCGCCACGUCCGUCGCGAAACCCAAGGGCCAGACUUGACAUAGCACGUAAAACCAUUCAAAAAUUCAAGCUUCAAAUCGAUGUAAAAUCAGCUCCAAAAGGCGUUCUUGAAUCAUGGAAAGGUAAUAACGUUUGCAAAUACAAAGGAUUCAUCUGCGACAAACGCCCUGACUUUGGGCUACAAGCGGUAGCCGGAGUAGACUUCAACGGAUUCAAAUUCUCCGGCAAAAAUGACAUAUUAAGACUUAAUAACUUCCUUGACGGAUUACCUGACCUUGCUUUCUUCCAUGUCAACUCCAAUAACUUCACUGAUGGAGUCCCACGUAUCGGCCCUGACAAAAUCAACUACCUUUUCGAGCUUGACCUUAGCAAUGGCAAACUUUCAGGGCCAUUCCCCAAUGAAGUUCUCAAAGCAAUAAAUCUAACAUUCUUAGAUCUUCGUUUCAAUCAAUUUUAUGGGGAAGUCCCAGAAGGAGUGUUCAAACUCGAUGUUCAAGUAAUUUUCCUCAACAACAACAAUUUCGAGGGUGAAAUUCCUUCAAAUCUUGGAAUCACACCAGCUCUUUACCUCACAUUCGCAAACAACAAAUUCACAGGACAAAUUCCUUCAAGCUUAGGAACAGCCAACACUUCAAAAAAUCUCCGAGAAGUUCUCUUCCUCAACAACCAAUUCUCUGGUUGUUUACCAUACCAAAUUGGGAAUCUUAAGAGCUUGACUCUGUUCGAUGCUAGCAUGAAUCUCAUCACUGGUCCAUUACCUCAUUCCUUUGGCUGCUUGUCUAAGAUUGAGAUUCUCAAUUUCGCUAAUAACAAAUUGUACGGUGAGGUACCGGAAAGUGUCUGUAAGAUACAGAGUCUCAGUAAUUUCACCUUGUCCGAUAACUAUAUCACUCAAGUCGGUCCAUUUUGCCGGAAACUUAUAGAUCGGAAGCGUCUUAAUUUGAAAGGAAACUGCAUUAGGGAUCUUCCCAAUCAGAAAUCGAAAGAGGAGUGUGCUGAAUUCUUCUCUAAGGCUUAUCCUUGUCCCAAUAUGAAGAUGAUGAAUUACAUUCCUUGUAAGAAUCAGUUUUACCGUAAGUCUUCGUCGUUGACCGGUGUUACUGAUGAUCACCAGUCUGAGUCUGCCAUUGAAGAAGAAGCACCUUCUCCGGCGCCGGCGCCCUCUAAGUCGGUGACUUACGGCGCUUUAUCACCUCAUUGAUCCUAAUAAUAAUAAUAAUAAUAAUUAUAUUAUUAUAGCUUUGAUUAAUUAAUGGUAAUUUCAGGGGAUAUGUGGAUUAGUACUGUUUCAUAUAUAUAUAUUAAUAGUUUUUAUUUAUAGUAGUAAUUAAUGAAUAAAUAAUCUUUUUAAGUUGUGUAUCGAAAUUAUGUAAUCUUAUUUUGGCAUCUAAAAUGGAUGUGUGGAAUUAUGUAAAACAAUAAAUUAAGGCAAGUCUUAUCUCUA